AUGAAGACCGCCACUUCCAUCCUUGUUGGUGGUUUUGCGGCCCAGCAGGCUGCGGCUACCUUUGGCUCUUUUGGUUUCGGCGGCUCCGCCUCUGUCGGCGGCUCCAUCUGGGGCGGUAGCGGAAGCGACUGCUUCAGCACCCCCUCCAACACCAACAACGAGUGUACCGACUCUCAGAAGUCCGGCUGGAACUGGUCUGGCAUUGCCAUUGGCGCCAACAUCGGCACCUCCUACUCCGGCUUCGAUGUCUCUGGCCUGACCUGCAAGAACAAGUUCGGCAAGCGCGACCCUCUCUCGAAGCGUACCUUCGGCAGCAAGUGCGCUUCCGGCACCAUCACCAAGCAGAAGGACAGCAACCCCAAGAUCGAGUGCUCUGGCUCGCAGAAGGAGAAGGGCUUCUCCGUCGGCGAGUUCCAGGUCUCGACCAGUGUUGACACGCCUGUCGAGUUCCACUAUGGCAUGCCUGAUGGCUCCACUUGCAAGCACACCGCCAGCUGCAGCUCUGGCGGCACUGUCGUCAAGAACGAGCAGUGCGGUGGUGCUACCUCCGUCACCUGGAAGCUCCCCGACAACAGCGACAACGAGGACUGCGAGUUCGGCAUCCACAGCAUUGGCUGGGAGUGCGGUCAGAACGGCGGCGAGUCUAGCACCGCUACUGUCUCCACUGCCUUCAGCGCCUCCACCGGUGGUUUUGGCUUCACCGAGAGCAUUGGCUUCAGUGUUCCUGCCGUGAGCACUCCUGGCGCCUACACGCCCUCGUUCGUCUUCCCCUCUGGCGGCUCCCCCAGCGUUGCCACCAGCGUUGCUACCCCCGGCUUCCCUGGCGUCCCCAGCGUCCCUGGUGUUGAUGUCAGCACCCCCGGUGUCCCGGUCAUCACGACCCCUGCUGCCCCGGCUUCUUCUGAUGUCAGCGGCGGCUUCAGCACCAGCGUUGAGAUCCCCUUCUCGCAGAACGGCACCAUCCCCAGCGGCUUCACCGCGUCCACCGUCUACGCUACCUCGGUCUACACCGUCACCUCUUGCGCCCCUGAGGUCACCAACUGCCCGGCCCGCUCUGGCACUCCCGCUGUUGUCACCUCCGUUGUUGCCAUCUCGACCACCAUCUGCCCUGUCUCUGAGACUGGUGUGGCUUCCGUCCCCGGCUCUUCGCCCUCUGCGCCCGUCAGCUCUGGCGUCAGCGGCGAGGUCUCGUCUCCUGCUGGUCCCGUCCCUGGUGUUUCUACUCCCGGCUUCGGUGGCUUCCCCACCCCUGUCUUCGGCGGCUCCACCGGUGUCAGCUCCUCCCCCGCUUCUGCUACCUCUGCUGUUCCGUCUGCCAACUGCCCUGGCGUUCUUCCCAAGUGCUUGAACACCUGGAUCACCAAGGUCGGCUGCUCUGGCAACACUGACUCCGACUGCUACUGCAAGGAGGUCGACUCCAUCAAGUCGGUCAUUGACUGCGUUGACGCCCGUGGUGGCAGCGACGAUGAGAUUUCUCAGGCUCUGUCUUACCUCACCGGUAUCUGCGCUGCCUACGUCCCGGAGAACCCUGGUCUGAUCACCAACGUUCCCACCACCAUCACUCUCGGUGUCCCUUCGCAGACCCCCGUCGCCUCCAGCGGUGUCUCGGGCGAGGCCAGCACUCCUGUCGGUGGCUCCAUCGUCUCGUACUCGACUUCGACUGUCUACGCCACUGAGGUCCACACCAUCACUUCGUGCGCGCCUGAGGUCACCAACUGCCCGGCUUCCAGCGGCACCCCGGCUGUUGUCACUUCCAUCGUCCCUGUUUCUACGACUGUCUGCCCCGUCACUGCCACUGAGACCCCUGGUGCUCCCGCUGGUUCCAGCCCUGCUGGCUCCCCCUCUGCCCCUGCUUCGUCUGGCGUCGAGGGUGUCACCUCUGCUCCUACCCCGGUCAUUACCACUUCUCUGUCGACCUCGACCAUCUACAGCACCGCUAUCAGCACCGCUGUGACCACUGAUGAGCAGGGUUCGACCUCCGAGGUUGUUGUGACCCAGACCGUCUCUGUUGGAACCACCAUCUGCCCCGUUACCGCCACUGAGACCCCCGAGGCCUCCGCCCCUGCUUCCUCUGGUGUUGAGGGUGCUGUUUCCAGCCCCGCUCCCAGCGCCCCCGCCCAGACCACCGUUGUUACUUCGUACUCGACCUCGACGAUUGUCAGCACCGCUGUGUCCACGAGCACGACUGUUGACGAGUCUGGCAGCUCCUCGGAGGUUGUUGUCACGCAGACCGUUUCCGUUGGCACCACCAUCUGCCCGGUCACUGCCACCCAGACUGUCCCUGCUGCGCCCGCCUCCAGCGGUGUUGAGGGUGAGGUUUCCUCCCCCGCUCCCAGCGCCCCUGCGUCUGCUGGUGUCACUCCCGCCCCGUCUGCCCCCGCCGCCGGAAGCUCGUCUCAGGCUCCUGUCGCCUCUUCUGGCGUUGAGGGUGUCACUUCUGCCCCCGCUCCCGUUGAGAGCAGCCAGCCCGUGACCACCAUCUCCGUCGUCCAGACCGUUACUGUUCCCUGCACCGCCACCGAGGGCGAGUCUGCUGGCGCCACCAUCCCUGGCAGCUCGACGACCACCGUCAUCUCGACCGCUGUCACCGUCCCCCAGGUCGCUUUCACCACCCAGACCGUCACCGUCUCCGGUGUUCCCACGGUCCAGACCGGCCUCGCUCAGGGCACCCCGGCCUCGGCUUCCGCCACUCUUACCUCUGCUGCCGUGGCUUCUUCCACUGCCGUCGUGGAUGGCGGCUAUGCUACUUUCAGCUCCGUCUUCGUCCCGGCCGUCACCACCCCGGCUGUUGGCACCCCUGCCGGCACCCCUGUCAGCACUCCUCCUGCCUUCACUGGCGCCGCCUCCUCUCUCAAGAGCGCCGGCUCCAUGGUUGGCGCUGGUUUCCUGGCUGCCAUCUUCAUGCUUUAA